AUGAGCGCCAUUUUUGGGUCUCAAGCUUGCGACGAAGCGCAAAAGCUUAUCGAGAAAAUCGCUGUCGGCCAUGGCUACAUCGAGGCUGCAAAGCUGGACGCGAUGCCGACUGAUAUACGACGAGUAGUAGAGGAAGCUCUGAAGAGCAAUUCUAAAUCUGAUGCCGCUGCUACAGAGCUUGUAGAGAAGCUGGUUGCGGGGAACAUCAAUGUCGCGUUUGAGCUGCUCCAGAAUGCAGACGACAACCAAUACACACGCGCCAGAGCCGCAUGCGCGAAUCCAGGUGUUCAGUUUAUCGUUACUCCAGAUAUGGUGAUAAUCGGCAGUAACGAGGACGGCUUCACAGAGAGCAACGUCAAAGCUCUCUGCGAUUUCGGAAAGUCUACCAAAGAUGGCACGUCAGGCUACAUCGGACAGCCAGGCGUAGGUUUCAAGUCUGUUUUCACUAUCGCUUCCAAGGUCCAAAUCGAAUCUGGCCCUUACUCAUUCUACCUCCAGCACGAGGACAGAGAUCCUGGUAUUGGCAUGGUAAGACCUCACUGGACCGAGCUACCCACUCUCCCCGGCCAUGUGAAGGACCAUGAAGCAUAUGGCGGCCUCUUCGGAAACCGGACAAGGAUCAUCUUGUUUCUCAAGGAGCAGAACAGAGAAGAUCUACGGAGUAGCUUCAUUAGCCAGCUGUGGGAUACGCCCGACAGCGUGCUGCUGUUCAUGAAGAACCUACGGUCACUGAAGAUUACGGUACUGGGUGAGGAUAACAAAGUUCAGCGCUCGAAAGAUGUACUUCUCGACCGAGAUUUAUUCGGUUCUGGAACUCAAAUCACAACAGCCAAGAAGCUCGGUCCGAGCCAGCUCAAGACAUGGAAUCGCUAUCUGGUUUACAAAUCAACAGUAACGGGUUUGCCAGCCAACCCGCAUCGAAAAAUUGCUCCAGAUGCUUCUGCCAAAACGCACAGCGCCGAAGUAGUACUGGCAUUUCCUGUUGAUGUAAAAGGCGAGCCAAUCAUCGAGUCCCAGAAAGUAUUUGCCUACAUGCCAAUUUCUGAAAGCGGAUUGAGUUUUCUGGUUCACUCUGACUUCGUUACCGAUGCCACGAGACAAAAGCUUGUUCCCUUCUCGGACAGAAACGUCAAAAUUAAGACGGCAGUUGAGGAUGCACUCGUAAAGGCAGUCCAAGACCUCUGCAAGAAACCUGGCACACAAUACAAAUGGAUGCGUUUCCUUCCCCAGAUCAACCAGAACGGGAUAGACCCAUUUUGGCUUCUAUUCGAUACCACUUUAAAAUCCAAAAUCUCCAACGUAUCAGUUUUGCUUACAGGAAGGGGCGAAUUCUCGAAGCCAGUCUCUCUCAGGCGCCUUUCUGCGGACGAAUUGGACCAGUAUGGCGCGCCGCUAUUGCCUGAUCUGUUCCAAGAGAUGUAUCUAUCUUCAGAAUACGAACACCAAGACCUCGAUAGUCUCACUUAUUAUGGACUAACGUACAUGACGAGUAUGGAAACCUUGAGGAGGCUAGAGGUUUUCACCAAUAGUGAUGAUUGGAGAGCGAGAACCUUUAAGGAUCGAGAUGAAGAUUGGCAUGGCAGACUGGCGCGUCUCAUCCUCGCAAUUUGUCACGAUCCGCAACAUGACCGCAAGACCUCUAUUCGCUACUUGAAUAUCAUCCCCCUUGCUUCAGGAGAUUUCAAGAGGGUCAGUUACAACGAAGAGGACCACCCAUUCUAUGACAACAUGAUUGAUGGCAUUCCCAUCCCUGGAGAUCUGGGCUUCCCAAUGCUUCUACCUGCUGCCACCGCGAAUCCGGAUUGUCGGAAGCUUUAUGAGGUGUUUGAACCAAAGAAGCUUACUUUUCAGCAAGUUCGAGCAAAGAUCAUAAACAUGUAUAAAGAUCCUGCCCAAGUGGCGAAGCUCGACCUGGCCAAGUCAAGGGCCCAUCUUGUGUUUCUCUAUCGGAUUGAGCCGAAAGAUAUGAUCACUAAAGAGGAGCAAGAAAUCAUGGUUAUUUUUGACCAGAAGCUACGUAUAAAGCGUCCAAAGCAUGAGUAUGUAUACCUCCCAGGUGAAGGACCAGUGGCCCCAGGGAAAAUCCUCAACCCUCCAUUCCCAGAGGGCCUCGAGCCACCAGACGUAUCACUCGUGCAUCCAGCUUAUCUUGAAGAUCCACCAAGCCCAUCACCCGGUCAUGAUAAAACAUGGAUGCAAUGGCUAUUCUUCAUUCUCUACUGCGAAGAAAAGAUUCAAUUGUUUACUGUUCGAGAACCGCCCGCAGAAGCCGACAAGACUUACUCGCCGGAGUACAAGUUUCUUGUCAAAGCUUACCCGGGUCUUACACUUCACAGACUCAUGCUGAACUUUCAAAAGCCAGAAGUCAAAAAGCAGUGGGUUGAUGAUAAGAAGGGGACUGCUCUUAUGAGAAGAAUGGAGUUUCUCUGCACUGAUGGUGUGAGGCAUCCCUUGGAGGAGACUCUGCUUCCGCUCCCAAAAUUGCUGCAGAUUUGUGAGAAGAGCUUUGCGUCAGUGGACAACAUGCCGUUUCUCAAGCUUGAUGAGCCGAUGAAAGACGAGGAUGUUCCUGCAUGGCUCGAAUUGGCAGAGCAUUGUGGCAUUGGGACUGAAGACGACACCAAGUUCACUUUGGCGAUGUUGGGCUCCAUUUCUAAAUCUAAAGCUACUACUGAGAUCACGAGUGAUUUAUCAAAAGCUGUCACUAACCUGUACCUCGAACUGCAUUCUCAGGUUCCCGAUGGCUCUUUGAGUGCUACCUUUGCAGUACAAACACAGAUCAGAAACUUCUUCAGCAACAACAAGUGUAUUCUCUGCGUACCUCUCAGCCCAGGAGAUGAGAAGAGACGUACUCGGGUGCAAAACUGGGCAAACAAGUCCGCAUGUCUGUGGAGCGCGCCUGGGGGCAUUAACGUCUACAAUCCUCUGCAGUCUUUGUGGUCCCCAGUAAUGGCCAAAAUGGAGCCCGCAGAUCGCAAAAAGCUGGAAGAUUUCUUCAGUGAGACUCUCGCAAUUCGCGACAUAACCGAACACGACGUACUCAGUGAGCUGCGUCACUUGUCUCGUUCCUUGGAUCAGACGAAAGACUACUCGGUGGUGACAAUGGAGCUUUACAAGAUCCUUCAGGCACAGACGGAGAACCUCAGCGAGAUCAAUACCCUUAUCAUCAAGCAAGCAUUUAGAGAUUCCCCCCUCAUUUAUCGACCUUGGGAAGGGGCCAAAAAGUGGUACAAAGCUCCAGAAUGUGUCUUUUACAAUGAUUGUCGCAGUGGGGACGAGAUGGCCCUGGAAUAUUACUAUCCAGAUAUGUCACCCCUUUUCGUGUCCUUACUCGAGGUUCCCAAAUUGAGUCCUUCCCUUGUCUAUCAGAAUCUCCAGAAUGUCAGAAACACUGUUAAGCCUAUUCCAGACCUCAAGAAACUUCUUUGGUCGCUCCUUGAUACCCUAGCUGCAGACACGGCAUCAUCGAGUGUGUAUGCGGAUAAGAUAAGAGACUGUCGAGUGUUUCCGGUCAAGCUGCCGUCCGGAGAAGUUCAGUCUAUGAACGCAAUGGGAGAUUUCUGUAUAAAUGACAGACCUGCAUACGCAGCAGCCUUGAAGGAACAUGCCAACUUUCUCGACUUUUCUGUUGAGGAGGUCCAUCGUCUCAAGCUAGUCAUUGAGUGGUUGGGAUUGACUAAGCGAUACCUUUCAAAUGUCGUAACGGAAAAGACGUCCGUUGAUGAAUCUCAAGGCACUGAAGACACGGUUCUCGCCCAUGAUAUUGCUAGCAAAUCUGCCGCACUUGCUAUGAUCUCUUCGCAUUUCAGCGAUGGCAAGCCGACGGUAAGAAACUACAACCUUCAAGAUACGAUCCGUAAGGUAGAGGUCUUCCGUCAUCCGGACAUAAAGACCAACAUCACUUGGUAUCAUGGCUUCAAGGUCAUUACAGUACCGCUUGCAAAAGGUGGAAUGCACUUCAAAUCGGCCUUGUUCGGCAAAUGGCAGUUCUACAUUCCAGAAGACGAUGACGAUCGCGACUACUGUAUGGCGACUGAGUUUCCGCGGAUGUUCGCUGCUCAGCUUCUGGACUGCCCAUUACACGCUGUCAACCCUCAAGCGGUGAUCAUCACUUCCAGUGUCCUUCGAGCUAAGCCUUCUAAUGUUGGGCGUAUCCUCCAACAUUAUGGGAUAUGCGAAGCGGGUGCAUUGUCAAGUUAUACACCCGAACCACCUCGUACACCAGAGAGACGACGAGACAACGCUGCCCCCUCGCCUUCUCCAUCACCGCAUUCAGUUAUUAGAUCUCCUGUCCCUGCUGUGAGCGCUGCUCAGGUGAUCCGCGACGCCACUACUCCAUACCAGGCCAUGCUUGUUCAAGCUGUCAAUGUUGCUCGCAUCUCGACGUUUCCACACAAGAAUUCAGUCUUUGACAUGACUGCAAUCUCACAAAGUCUUGCAGAAAGUACAGCUCGUUCUGGACUGUUCAGAUUCUAUGUCGGAGACCAGACAGAGUGGCAGCGAAUGGUUGGUGCCGCUGGCGAGUUAUAUGUCUUUGAGUUGCUUUCAACCCUUCCCAAUGCCCUCCCCGGAUGGUCUCGAGAUAACUGGCAAAGUACUGUCAGACACCAUGCCAGCAUACACCCUGACUACAACUCCCUUGGAAAUUGGUACGGGACAGAGCAAGGGGACCUGUUCUUUGACGAUGUGACAGGAACAUUCACCAGCUACUUGAUCGACAAAGGGUAUCUCGAGGACAGCUGGAGAAAGGAGCGACCAGAGUACUACAUCGAAGUCAAGACCACAACAUCGGCUCGUCUCGACACGCCAUUCUACAUGAGCAAACAUCAAUAUGCACGGAUGCAGUCGUUUGGUGAAAGCGUGAAUACUGAUACGCAACGUCGGAAGGUCUAUAUCCUGUUUCGGGUACACGGCUUGGAGUCAGGACAAGUUGGUUUGAGAGUAUUCAUCGAUCUGGAGGCUUUGCGCAAGAGCGGGGAUUUGGUGUUCGAGGCUCAGAGUUGGACAGUAACACCAAGAGCGAGAUGA